AGAGUGAUGUUGUCCUUAAAAAACCUGCAGAAUAUCAUCUAUAACCCGGUAAUCCCCUAUGUUGGGACCAUUCCUGGGCAGUUGGAGCCUGGAACCUUGAUUGUAAUACGUGGGCAUGUUCCUUGUGAUUCAGACAGGUUCCAGGUGGACCUGCAGUGCGGCAGCAGCGUGAAGCCACGUGCCGACGUGGCCUUCCACUUCAAUCCACGCUUCAAGUGGUCUGACUGCAUCGUGUGCAAUACUCUGAAAAAUGAAAAAUGGGGAUGGGAAGAGAUCACCUAUGACACACCUUUCAAAAAAGAAAAGUCUUUUGAAAUUGUCAUUAUGGUAUUGAAAGACAAAUUCCAGGUGGCUGUAAAUGGGAAACACAUACUGCUCUAUGCCCACAGGAUUACCCCAGGGAAAAUAGACACUCUGGGCAUUUAUGGCAAAGUGAAUGUCCACUCAAUUGGUUAUAGCUUCAGCUCGGAUUUCAGAAGUACCCAAGCAUCUACUCUGGAACUGACAGAGAUAAGUAAAGAAAAUGUACUAAAGCCCGACACACCACAUUUUACUCUGCCAUUCACUGCAAGGUUGAACUCCUCAAUGGGCCCUGGACGAACUGUUGUCAUUAAAGGAGAAGUGAAUAAAACUGCCAAAGGCUUUAAUGUUGACCUAGUAUCAGGAAAAUCAAAGGAUAUUGCUCUUCACUUGAACCCACGCCUGAAUAUUAAAGCAUUUGUAAGAAACUCUUUUCUUCACGAGUCCUGGGGAGAAGAAGAGAGAAAUAUUACCUGUUUCCCAUUUAGUCCUGGGAUGUACUUUGAGAUGAUCAUUUAUUGUGAUGUUAGAGAAUUCAAGGUUGCGGUAAAUGGUGUACACAGCCUGGAGUACAAACACAGAUUUAAAGAGCUUAGCAAUAUUGACACGCUGGAAAUUGAUGGAGAUAUUCAUUUACUGGAAGUAAGGAGCUGGUAG